AUGUCUGAACGCAGAAGUAGAAAGAGCCAGCGUAUCUGUACGAAUACCUUCAGCCGGCCUGGAGUUCACUGUGAAGCCGCAGCUGCAGCUGCAGCUAGAUAUACUCGUUCUCUCCGCAAUCAAGCUCUUUCACUCGCUGUUGCGUGCCUCUCCUCGCUUACCCUAGUUGCUGGAAGAACACAACCAACUAUUCGUUCUGCGAUUCCUUCAGUGGAUAGUUUAUCCACCGAAGCCCCUAUGCAGAUUGAGUUGAGCCGCAUUUUUGCAAGCUCUCAAGCAAUCCUCUUGGGCCAUCGCGAUAGUCUGUUCAAGCCUGAUACAUCCAGCCUGUCGAAUUCUAAGGCUGGGCCUUCUACUGCCUUUUCAAUACACUCGUUUGGCUUUCACCAAGUUAAUGAACUCGCUUAUACCCAAGCCUUGUUUGCUCUUGCAAGAGGUAAGUGUCUAUGUUUUCGGCUGUUUUUGCGUCAUGAGCCCAAACCAUUUCAUGUUGUGCUAAGAGCGGUACGAUGUGUCGCAAAGCAAGAAUCUCACAGCUGGCAUGGCGGCUAUAACUACUUGAAGGCGGGCUCCACUACUUCUUUGAACUCCUUGGACAUCCGUGACACCAGGUCCAAUGCCUUCAACUUCUUCUGGAUAGGUGGGGGACCUGAACCACCACUCUGCAGAAUGGAAGCAUUCCCAAAUAACGAUCAACUCUGCCCUUCGGGGUUCUGGUGCCGACUACUAUGCGCAAAUAUAAAGCAACGAAUUCGAUACCGGAUCUGUAUUUGGUGCCGAAGCAAGUUUCCCCGGCUGCCUUACCAUUCUCAGGUUCCUUCCUUGAAAUACCUUGAGCAGCCACUUGCAAAACCGUACAAGAGAGCAGCUAGGGUGAACAGGACGGAUAUAAUCAACGUCUUGUUAAAGGUCAGUGCAGCUGUCAAUAAUAUUAUCCAUGAGGGGUAUGGGGCCACAUAUGUUGGAAAAGCAGUCCGGCAAAAGAGCACGAAAACUGUUAAGCUCUUGCUAGACCAUGGGCGACUUUUCAACUACCACCGAAAACCGCCAGGAUACCUAUUUAGGAAGGGUGGUCGACUGAGAGUGGUCACACUCUUCUAUGAUUACAGACGGCUUCUUCAGACUCUCUCUCAGAGAACGUCUACUGAAGAACUGACAUGGGUGCGAGAUGGGCUGGAUUGGCUUGGAAAAUUGCGUGACGAUCUCGAUGGCUCUACGACUUCAAAAUGCCUUCUAGAUAAAUUAAGGGCUAUUGGCAUUUUCUUAAAUGUGAUAUACUCCAUCGACAAUGGCAAUUUUCUGGGAGCCUUGCGUCCUUACCACAACGGCAUCGACCGGCCCUCCUCUCAACCCCAUACCACUUUACUCACAUCUCGGCUCUGUACUUCUAGUAUUGCGGUUCGUAUCGAGAGCAAUCGUUUAUCAGGAGAGUACUCGUUUAUCAGGAGAGUAAUCUUUUAUCAGGAGAGUAAUCGUUAUCAGGAGGGCAAUCGUUCAGCGACGUGCUUUUAUUCCACGGCAGCUUAUAAGUGCACGCCAGAAGCUCCGUGCGCGGCACCCACAACAUCAGGACAUGUAGAGACACUUUUAUCAAACGUAUAG